AUGAUGACUGCGAUUCCAAGCCCUGUGCUAACCAUAUUUGUGGAAUUCUGUCACGGCCACUUUCUUUCCAUCGAUACUCGAACCAUCUAUCUGCGAGAUGCCUAUACUGAUGAUGAUGAUGAUGAUGAUGAUGAUGAUGAUGAUGAUGAUGAUGAUGAAAUACUGAGGUUGAUGAUGAUGAUGAUGAUGAUGAUGAUGAUGAUGAUGCUGAAGUAG